AUGCUGGGUUCAGCAUUGCUAUCAACGAGAAGGCUGCUUCUCCGUUGCGGCCAACGAAGGUCGCCCGCAGCGACCUGUCGACAAUACUCCUCCUUGAGUGAGCGUCUACAUCAAAAACUGACCGCGCAGUCAUUACCGCUCACGUUUGAUUAUAUAUAUCCUCAACAGUCGUUCCUUUUGGACCGGACAUUGACCGAUAUCCUUCCGCAAUUGAGCGGAGUAUCAACGGAUUUGCCCUCCAUCACAAAUCCAUCCCGCUUACCCCCUGGACAUCAUCUCGUCUAUUUCCCGCCCCAGGUCUCUUUGUCCCGGAUUCUGCCGGAUGGUACCGACUGCUUGCAUUUUCCAGGAUAUCCUUUCACCAGGCGACUUUGGGCUGGCGGUAGUGUUCGGUUUCCAGCCACCCGGGAUCUACUCCUUGAUGGUCGCCGGGCCGUUUGCAUUGAAACAAUACGCGACGUACUCGCGACUGGUCCAGCUGGGAAGGAAAAAGUGACCGUCAAGGUAGAAAGACGAAUUGGCACAGUUCGAGAAGGUGAACAUCACAGCCAGAUUCGAGCUCGAAUUUGGAAAGAUGAAGAGGCUGAUCUAGGCCAUUCUUCCGUUAUUGAGCACCGAAACUUGGUCUUCAUGCGCGAUAAGACGCCUGAGCAGCUUACUGGUGAUAGGGCCAACUUCAGAAGACCUUCCAGAACUAUAAAAUGUGCGCCAGGAAUUUGGAAUUGCGCCAAUACGAUCAGGGAAGUCGAUUACAAGAAUCUCGCUCCUCUAUUCGUAGGAGAGGAACUGACUAUUUGUGGCAAGCCCAAGGCAGGGAGUUCACAAGCUUGGGAUGUGUGGAUCGAGGACAAAGACGGAGGACUAGCUUUCUGGUCUCUUCCUCCAGUCAUCAGGACUCUUUCUGCACUCACUUUUGCACAGUCUGCCUUGAUGUAUGGUGGACUACUAAAUGGCUACUAUUUAUUGUUUGACUCACGCUUUGUGUCGAAAUUUCCUCCGGAGGUCUGGAGGUUAUUAACCCCGUUUAUGAUUACCCGACCAGGCCUGUCCCUUUUUCUGGAUGUCUACUUGAUGUACACUUACGGCAGUUCUCUGGAAACGGGGUCGCCCAGGUUGUCCGGCCCCGGAAACUUCUUCGUGUAUACGGUCUUUGUAGCUUCCAUCAUCAUGCUCACCGCAGGCUGUUUGCUGGGAUGCGUAACUUUUACUUCUGCCCUGAUCCUGGCUUUCGUCUAUACCUUUGCACAAGAGAACCGUGGUAGAAAAGCUAUGUUCUUCGUGGUCCAGCUACCUGUGGAAUUUUUGCCUUGGGCAAUGCUUGCUUUCACCCUGGUCGCGAAUGGAUGGCCUGCCGUCUUAGGCGAUGGUACGGGCAUAGUCGCUGCCCAUCUGUAUGAAUUUUUGACACGUAUAUACCCAGCGUUUGGGGGUGGUCAAUACUAUCUUGUGACGCCAACAUUCGUCAGGAAUUUCUUCACCGCUUCUACGCCACAUGGGAAUCACCGUGCCUAUGGCACAGCUUUUCAACCACCAAACCAGGCCCCGGCGUCGGCUUCUGAAGGCUGGACUUCCGUGUUUCAGGGACCACGGAACCGAAGGGGUCCGGGCAGGCGACUUGGAGGAAACUGAGAAGAGGGUGCAAUCACGUUGAGAGAGGAGCAGCACAAUGGUGGAUAGGCUCGAGCGAUAUGCCAGCAGCGGCCUCAAACACAAGAAACCAUUUUUGAGCGGGAUCGCAGCUACUGCGGUUUCUGCCAAGGUGGAGGCGGCCAAGCACCGAGUGGUCUUCAGCAUAACAUCAUUC